UUGCUUAUGAAUCAAAGAAUAUAUUUACUACAUAAAUCGAUUGCAUAAAAAGCCUAAACAGACUGAUUACUUGGCUGUGAUUGCAUUACACCUUAGUCUUAUUUGUGGCAGAAUAUGGAAGAAAGAAAAUAGUGAGCUGUAACCACUGUGCAGUCAAUACUUGAAGUUGGAAACAAUGCUGUGAACAAAAAUGAUCGCGAUUUAAAGACAUUUUUCUUCCAGGAAAUAAAAAAGUUUGAAUUCGAAAAUGGCUUCAUAUUCAAAUCUGAAUGACGAGGCAAACGGAUCUCGAUUAAGUAAACUUUUGAUAAAUAAAGGAAAAGAAGCCUUGAAAGAUACAUUGCAAUCGUUAUUAAAAUCGCCAAGUUUAACUACUGAACUUAAAGAUGCAACUACGAAGAAGAUAUUAAAGUCAUUAAAAUUUAAAGUCAUCAACAAAGACCAAUGGGAUCUUCUUUACCCGUCAACUGGUGAUCCUAAAUUUGAAAACUUUGAUAUCUCAUUAUUGACUGUCUUAUUGCGAAAAUGUGGUUUAACAGCGCCAACUGGAGGAUGGAAUAAUCUUCCUUUCCCUUCAGAUAGCUCAAUCUCAGCGAAUAUCGCAAGAAUAAAGUUUUAUCGAAACAAAGUGUACGGUCACAUUACUACAACUUGUGUAGAUGACGGUGAGUUUGAGUACUUGUGGCAGGAAAUUUCAAAAGCAUUGGUUGGUCUGGGUAUUCAACAAACUGAAAUAGAUGAAUUAAAGAAAACUCCACUCAGUCCUGAUGAGGCAAAUUAUAUUGAAAUGUUGAAAAACUGGUAUAAAAACGAACAACAGUUGAUAGAAGUUGCUGAGAAAACUAAAAAAGAUGUUAAAGAAAUAAAAAAAGAAGUAAAGAAUAUUAAAGAAUCUAUGGCAACAAAAGCGGAUAUAGCAAGAUUUAAAGUAAUGUCGCAAGAUAAAACAUAUUCAGAUGUCAAAAAGCUUGGAAAGUGUGAUUUCAGUGGUCUUAUAAAAGACCUUAACAAGAGAUAUUUACAAGGUACUAGACAAUGGUUAUUUAAAAAACUCGACGAAUGGUUUAAUGAUGAAAAUGAAGCUGCUUCUAAUAUCAUGAUUUUGAUUGCUGGUCCCGGUGUUGGUAAAAGUGUGUUUGCUGCUGAGGUGUGUCGACGAUAUUCGAAGGAACUUGCUGCUUGUCAUUUUUGCCAGUAUAAUCGCUCGGAUUAUAGAAGUCCUCGAAUGUUGAUUGAAUCCUUGACCAGUACCAUGUGUGAUACAAUAUCGGGUUUUAAAUGUAAAUUGAAUGAAGAAUUACAGAGAAACCAUUCUAACGAAUCAAUCGGCGAUUCAUUCCGUGUUUUAUUGAAUAAUCCAUUGCACUCAUUGGAAGGUCAUGAACCAAUGCUUUUGGUUAUUGAUGCUUUAGAUGAAAGUCAAGUUGACGGCAAAAGUGAAUUAUUGGAAUUGAUUGCAGAAGAAUUUGGCCAACUACCUAAGUGGAUUAAAAUCUUUAUCACCAGUCGUCCAGAACUUCCUGUUCAAAAGGAGUUGAAAGUCAUGAAUCCUCUGGAAAUAACAACUCAACCUCGUGAUCAAAACAACGAAAUGGACCUGCAUAUGUAUUUGUUACAUCAGUUAAAUGUUCAUAUGGGAUUGUAUUUUUUUGUAUAUCACGUUCUACGGUUGUUAGUCAAAAAAUGCGAGGGAUCAUUUCUGUACGCUUAUCACGCACAACUGAGCUUAAAGAAAGAAAACGUUGAACUUACCUACGAGAACAUUCAACAAUUGGUCCCUAGUGGUUUGAGCAGUGUUUACACGAAGCAAUUUAAAAGAGUAAAAGAAUUAUUGAGUAAGAAAAGUAUUUCAAAAAGAAAUUCGACUAUAUCACAAACGGCCUUUGUGCGAUUUCUUGAAAUGUUGGCUGCCUGUCGAGGUUUUUUACCAAUAAAACUUAAUUAUUUAGGUUUUUCUGAUGAGAUCAAGUUUGAAGUCCGCAAUGAAAUCAUUGAAAUAUUAUCUCAAAUUUUGCCAGUUUACGAUGGCUAUUUAACCGUGUAUCACAAGUCCCUCAUUGAUUGGUUGAAAUCAGAUGGUUAUGAACAGCAUGAGUUUACAGUUAACCCUGAAAAUGGUCAUGAGUUCUUAUGGCGUGCGUGUGAAAAAGAGUUCAAACACAUCAAAUUGCGAAACAUUUUUGAAGAUCAAAUGAACACUGCUAUGAUUAAAUAUGCUUUGGAGAAUGGAGUAUAUCAUAUGAUAGAAUGUGGCGAAAAUGUCGACUAUAGCUGGGCAGUAGAUGUCAAAAUUGUUUGUGCAAGGUUAAGAAGAGUUUCCCUUGAGGAAAUAAACAACGAGUGGCAUGAAAUCAUCACAAAAAGACGAAAUUUCUUGAGUGAAGAUAUAUAUGAGGAGCUGCUAUUCCAUAUCAAGAUGGAAAGUACUAGAUAUCCCUGGGAUGAAUUCUAUCCAUUUUAUUUACAAAUUAUUGCAAAUAGAAUUCAUUGUAGUAAAGAAAAAAGAUUAUUGGCAAAAGAUUUGUUGCAACAAGGAAUGCUUCAUUGGUUUGAGGAUUUAGACUCCACUUAUCUAACAGACCAUCAUCAUUUGACUGUCUCCUUGCGUGCUAAAGUUACAUGUCUUUGUGUGUCGUCCACUGAAGAACUUCUUGCUGUAGGAUAUGAAAAUGGUCAAAUAUCUAUUUUUGAGCUUCCAGAAUUUAAGGAAAGAUGCACUCUUGGCACUGUACUAGAUGAUUUAAGGUUGAAGAAAUGGGACAAGAAACACACAUUUGUAUCACCCAUCUUUGAUAACCGUUUGUAUAAAGCAAGACAACCAGUGAUACACCGAAGCUCGGUUGGUGAAAUAUCACAAAAUUCGGUUUUGCACAUAGAAACAUCUGUUGUUGUGGCUUUUCACCCACCGGAAAUAGACUGCAUUGAGCGCUGCACUAUUAUUCAAACUGUACCAAUGCAACUGGAGAAAGCAUUAGGAUGUUGGUGGUUGGAUAAUUUGUUGUGGAUAUGGGAUGGUUCUGAUCUUCUUACAAAGAUAUCGACUUUGUCUGAAAAUUUUGUUGAUUCCACGCAGACUAAGCAAGUAAACCUUGGAUUUGAACCUAAAGAAAUCUUAACAUUUGGUGAUGUCUUAGUUUGUAUUGGCCAAGAACAUUUUGUUCAAGUUGUUAGAAUUAUCAACGGCGCGAUACAAUACAACAAAAGACUUUCUGUCGACUGUUCAGGAUUGAAAGCUGCAGUAUCUCCUGAUAAGUCUGUUAUUUUAACUCUAAACAAAACAAAAAUGGAAAAGUUUCUUCAAUACUUACCAUUAAAGAGUUUCCCCUGGUUUGGAGGACUAGUUGUUAUUUUUUUUGGUAUAUUUGGCACCAUUGUUCUUGGUAUUUCGAUAAAUUUAAAUGGCCAGACUUCAUUUAAGUGUUAUAAUGAAAUGACAUCAAAGAUUGAAGAAUUGAAAGAAAGCUCUAUCAUGGGCAACAUUGAAUCAAGUUGUUUGAUGAGAUAUAAACAAGAGUUUUUUCACAUCAAUCUUAUUGUUGUGGUUUGCCUGAAUAUGAGCAUUGUCUUAAUUUUGAGUGUCAUCUAUGGAUAUUUUGUGAAGCAACGUUUUGAAAAGUUGAAUUGGUUCAAUCCAGCAAGAAGCGAAGACAGCCAAUCUUUAAUUGCAGCUCAUGGUCAAGACACUCAGUUCAGAAAAGCGAUAUUUCGUUUUUCCACGUUCAACAUUUACAUCGUUUAUCUGUCAGUUCGCUUUAUUAUUUUGUCUGUAUUUGUUGUCACUCUUUUCCGAAGCAAGUUUCCCAUUGAAUACUCAUGUUCAUGGCAUUCGACAAUAAAAGAAACAAACUUGUUAAAUCACACUACGUCAUACGACGGUAUGUUAUUUGAAUGUAAAAAUCUCAACGGUGAUCGUAGUGAAACCCUGAUUCGUGUCGUUGGAUUUGUUGAUGUCAUUGUGAUGAUAUUGACAAUAAUAGAGUUAAGUUACUUGGCUCAUAUGGUCUGCAAUUAUAGUAUUUUCAUCACGGAGAGUGAAUUUUUCACGGUUUACUUGUUACGAAAACGUGCUGUUUUUCCAAAAUGGUUAGAAAAAAUUAAAAAAGCCUAUGAAAUUUGUGAAGUUCAUGACGAUUUUGGCAGUGGCGAAGAAAAGUCCUGGAGGAAUCUUGACGAUAUUUACGUCAACGUCGUAAUGCUAGCAGCAAGACAACUAAAAGAUGUUUACCCAGAAACUUAUGCUCGACACGAAAUCUUUCAUUUUUAUCUAACGCUUCCUAAAGGUGCCAAAAAACUAAUUAAAACGACAGAAAUCUUUAAGCCAAUCCAGGAUGAACAAGAUCAAUCUUACCCACGUUCGAUUUUAGUUAUUGGGAGACCAGGAAUUGGAAAAACAAUGUUGACGAAAAAAAUUAUGCAUGAUUGGAAAAAUAACGUUGAAGACUUUUGGCACGAUAAACUUUUCCUUUUAAUUCAAUGUCGAGCGCUUAAAAAGGAGGACAUGACUCUCAGAGAAAUGUUAAGUUUUUGUGAUGGAUUUUCAGAUCAACAGUUUCCACAUCUUUAUGAAUUUGUUCUGUCAAAUCCAGAGAAAACUGUCCUUGUUAUUGAUGGUAUUGAUGAACUACCUUUGACAGAGAGCUUCAAAAGAAACGAAGAGGAUAUUCCAAAAACUAUAACUGAGUUGUACAAUAGAGCUGUUAAAAUCUUAUUGUGGAAGCACCAUCCACUUUGCAAGUCACAGAAAAUACCAAGACCAAAUGAUUAUCUGAUAGUACCUCUACCAUCUCAGCUUGAAAAUGAUAUGAAUCAAAUUAAAACUGUUGCAAUGAGAGGAAUAGAAGAAGGAAGUUUAAUUUUUGAGAAAGCAAGUACAAGUGACUUUCAUGAACUGGCAAAUUGUGGCUUGUUUCAUCAGAUACCACAUAAAACACGCUCUAUUUACUGUUUUCUACAUUUAACUAUUCAAGAGUUUCUUUCAGCAAUGUUUGUUGCCGAAAAUUUGCAAGACAUUGGAAAGUUUUUGGAUGAUCAUAGUACAGAUCCUAAAUGGCACUUGGUGAUACAGUUUAUUGCAGGUUUACUUGGACAAGUGAAGAGAUUGGGAAAUAUCCGAGACCGUGAAAUAACGGAAGAUAUUGAAAGAAGAUUUAAAGUGUGGAACGCAAACUUAAUUGGCAUUGAUAGAGAUAAAGCACUCGGUUUUCUUGGACUUAAGUGCAUAUACGAGUUGCAGGACAAAGAUGUAAUGAGGUCAGCUUGCAAGAUAUUUCCUUCUGAAGAAAUGCUUAUUGCUGGUGUUUCUUUUACGCCUGUUGAUUUAAACGCAUUGUUUGAAUUUAUUUUUGAAUGUGUGUCGAAUGAUGGAGCUCGCAGAUUAAUCAGUCUACUGUUUCGUAAUUGUACAUUUGGUGAUAGUUUUUGGAAGUAUCUCAACGAAGCUCUGGAAAAUGACAAUUGUUAUGUACGUAAACUGAAUAUUAAGGAUAACCAACUAACAGAUCAAGAGACUAAAUAUCUUAAAGAAGCUUUGCAAAAUGAGAAUUGUAAACUGAGUGAAUUGAAUAUUAGUGGUAACAAAGUUAGAGAUCAAGGAGCUAAAUGUCUUAGUGAGGCUUUGCAAUGUGAGACUUGCAAAGUGAAGGAAUUAAAUAUUAGUGGUAACCUUAUAGCAGACAAUGGUGCUGAAUAUCUUAGUGAAGCUUUGCAAAGUGAGACAUGCAAACUUACUGUAUUUGACAUUAGUCUUAAUAAACUAUCAGAUCAAGGUGCAAAAUAUCUUAGCGAAGCAUUACAAAGUAAGAAUUGUAAACUAAUUAAACUAAAUAUUGCUGGCAACGGUAUUGGUGAUGAAGGCGCCAAAUAUCUUAGUGAAGCUUUGAAAAGUGGACAUUGUAAGCUCACUGAAUUGGAUAUUAGUCACAACAAUAUAAAUGAUGAAGGUGCAAAUCUUAGUGAAGAAUUGAAAAGUGAGAAUUGUAAGCUUACUGAGUUGGAUAUGAGUGGCAACAAAAUAGGUGAUAAAGGUGCAACGUAUCUUGGUGCAGCUUUGAAAAGUGACAAUUGUAUACUGACUAAGUUAUCUAUUAUUGCUAACGAUAUAGCAAACGAAGGUAUUAAACAUCUUUUUGAAGCUUUGCAAAGUGAGAAUUGUGAGCUAACUGAAUUGGAUGUUAGCAAAAACAAUGUGGCAGACAAAGGUGCUGAAUAUCUCAGCGAAGCUUUGAAAAAUGAGAAUUGUAAACUUAGUAAAUUGAAGAUUCGCAGUAGCAAAAUUAGUCAUCGAGGUGCUGAGUGUCUUAGUGAAGCUUUGAAAAGUAAGAAUUGUAAACUUGCUGAAUUGGAUAUUGGAGAUAACGAUUUUAUAUUCACUUUUUCUUUCCUCGAACUUUUUCAUAGUAAGAAUUAUAAGCUGACUAAAUUAACUGAAGUUUGAUAGCAACUAACAGCUCACAGUCACUAUGCUACACAACUCAGAGAAGCUCUGAAAAGUGAAACUGUAACGUUUUUGCUUGUUUGAAAUGCAUGUUUUGACAACAUUGUUACAAAAGAAAAAAUCUUAUUACACAUUAUAUAUUUUAAAAAUUUGGAGAUUUUGAAAGCCAUUUUUGUUGAUGCAGUAGCGUUACGUUUCACUUGAAUUUUCGUGUAUGUUGCGCAACUCGUUUUGUCUUCUCGGCAGUUUCACAAACUUCUCUGAGUUUCAUAAAGCUAUGCAAAAAUAGAAAACUGUUUCACUUUCUUUAAUGAAAUAUUAACUGAAAAUUAAAAACUUAGUUUACUAACAGAUCAAUGCAAACUCUCAUUGCGUUUGAACUACAGAUUAUUUCUACUAUUAUGAUACAACUUUGGUACGACUUUAGUUAUUAUCAAUAAAAACAAAAAUAUUUUUUGUGUUGA